AUGAGUAGUGAGGAAUCGUCGUUCACGUCCUUCUCCCUAACACCACCUGUUAACAGUAACUCUUCUACAGCAAAAACGUCGUCCACUACGGCCCAUCACUUGAGAUCCUCUUCUCAAACGAGCUUAACUACUAUCGUAAAAGCUCAAAUUUCCUUUCUAUUAUCUACCCUUUCGGCUGAUAAUUACGCUCGCAACGUAGCUGAGAUCAAUUCCAAAGUCAAAGCAGCCGCGAGCGAUCCAGCACUAUCUGCAGUUUUUUGCGAAGCAUUCAAUUCUAUAGAUCACAGUGACUCAUUUAAGGAUCUUGACCUUAAUAGCUUUUUAGAGCACGUUGGACUUAAUCCGGUAGAAAAAGUCGGACUUUGCAUAUCUUUGCUGUCGGCUAUUAGAAAGGAAAUUGCUGAACAAGCACGCGAAAUAAUUAGCCAAAAUUUUGGUCCACUCGUGAAAGCCUUGGGAGACCAAUCGGUCCAAGAAAGCCUCUCAAACGAAUUAAGACAACAUUUACUUACUUAUUGCGAGGCAGAGUCUCGAAAUCUCACAUCGCAGCAAAGUGAAAUUGAUUCCAGUCCCAUAAAAUCACAAUUUAGUUCUCAACUCCCUGUGCCUACUGGUCUUAUCCCUCUCCUAAGUUCGAAUCAGCAAAGUGUUGUUUCUGAUAAUUUUCGAACCAGCAUGGAACAAAACGAAUCGUCUCGAUUGCCCUUGGUUAAAGUUAUGUCAGAUUCGGGCUAUAAUUGUUGCUCUUCUGUAACUGCAUUUCGUAGUGUUUUGAGUAAAUUAGAUGUAGCAUCGGCAGAAUCCGGUGAAAUUAUCACGGAAGAUGAUGUUGCUCAAGCUCUUGGUAUGAUAGUAAAUAGUCAUACCAGUUCUGAAGAUGGAGUUGCCAAUUGGAAUCAAACACCUGACCAUGAUAGUAAACAGUCUUGGAACAUAGAAGUUUUUGUGACAACUUUAGUAGAAGUGCAACCACACUUGGAUUGGGUUAAAGUAAUAGAAAAACUUGAUUAUUCAGAAUUUGUUGUUAACGAUACAAAGGGUUUAGAAAUAAUCUUGAUUGCCUAUAAAAAAGCAACAAAGGAUCGGUCGCAAUUUCCACUUCAUGUUUUUUGGGGCCAUUGGAAUAAUAUUAAAGGACAAUUUAGUUUUUUGAAUCGAAUCGUGCAUGCCCCCCUGGAAACAUUUAAUCUUAAUGAUUAUCCAGUACAAAAAGUUUUGUCAUUGGAGGAUUUUGCGAACUCAAAUGCUAAUCUCAAAUCAAUGGCUGGUUUAUUAACAUCAAAUCCUUGGAAUUCUGUGGAGCUGAUUGAAACGCUAAUAAAGAUGGCUGAUACGGAGUUACACGAAGAUAUUAAAUUGUUAUUUGAAAAGUUUACAAAGCAGACACCUGAAGUUGUAUGUUUGGGUCUCGCUCAAGUUCAGAAACCUUGGAAUGCACUACAUCAAGAGAUUCUAAACCGAUUGGUUUCAGUAUUCUUAGCAGGUCAUUCAAGUUCAACGCCAGUUCUAACACGUUUAUGGCAAGUCAACAGUAGUCUUUUUACAGAAGGCUGUCUUGAAAUGCAUAAAAAGGAUGCUAUGAGUGUUUCUAGAAUACUGGACAUUGCACAAGAUCUAAAGAUUUUAAAUCAACUUCUGGCUAUACAGCCGUUUUUCUUCUCUAUCGACUUGGCAGCACUUGCUUCUCGUCGAGAGUACCUCAACUUAGAAAAAUGGCUUCAAGAUAAUAUUGUAGAAUAUGGUGAUUCAUUUAUUCAUGACUGUUUGGAAUUUUUGAACCAAAAGCUUGCUCUGGAAAUAUCACGUGAAACUAAUGGAAGCAUUCAGUCGGUCAGACUUUCUAAUGAUGUGAUUGCCAUAUUUUUACGAAUACUUCUAAAUAGCACUAUGUCUGGGGAAAAUGCUGAAUUGUUUAAAGAGGUUCAUAGAAUUGCCUUACAAGUGUAUCCACGUCUCACUACUGGAACUUCCUCUGAAAACAGUGUUCCUGAGCCAUCAUUUUCAGCUGACGUUGAAGAGGAGGCAAACUCAUAUUAUGAACGAGUUUAUCGUCAGGAGAUUGGUAUUGAAGAUAUGAUUAAACUUCUUCAAAAAUUUAAGAAUUCUCAAGAGCAACGAGAGAAUGAAAUUUUCUCUUGCAUGGUGCAUAAUUUAUUUGACGAAUAUCAAUUCUUUCCAAAAUAUCCACAGAGGGAGCUAACUAUUACCAGUGUUAUAUUUGGUUCGCUAAUUCAAUAUCAGCUUGUGGGGUAUAUGGCACUUGGCAUAGCUCUCCGUUAUGUUUUAAAUGCACUUAGAAAUCCUUCUGACUCAAAAAUGUUCAACUUUGGAGUUCAGGCUCUGUCACAAUUUCAAUCUCGUCUUCCAGAAUGGCCACAGUAUUGUUCGCAUCUUUUGCAAAUUCCACAAUUACAGCAAUCUCAUCCGGAUAUAAUUCAAUAUGUGAGAUCUGCCCUAGCUUCAAAUACCAAUUCAACCACUGUAACGACACCUACAUCAGCUAGUACUCUUGGAAUUGGUAAUGGUGAACAAUCUUCGUCUCAAUCUACUAAUACUAAUAUGAAUAAUGAACUACUGUCAUCGAUUAAACCUGCCUCUGAUACUUCAAAUAAAGUUUUUGAUAAACCUGCAUUUACGGCAUUGAAUUUAGAUACAUUGCUAGCAGCAGACAAAGACGAUUAUGAGAUUCCAAGUGAGGCUAUUCAAGACAAGAUCCUCUUCAUUAUAAAUAAUGUUGCUCAAAGUAAUUUGGAUACUAAGGUGGCCGAAAUGAAAGAUCUCCUCAAGGAAUCACAUUACCGUUGGUUCGCCAAUUAUCUUGUUGUAAAAAGGGCCAGCAUUGAACCAAAUUAUCAUCAAUUAUAUCUUCAAUUUCUUGAUGCAUUAGAAAGUCAAUUGCUUGUUAAGCACGUAUUACAUGAAACUUUUGUAAAUAUUAAAGUCUUACUAAAUUCCGAAAAGACAGUGCAAUCUCUGAGUGAGCGAUCUUUACUAAAAAACCUUGGAUCAUGGCUUGGUGGCAUGACUCUUGCUCGAAAUAAACCAAUUAAACAUAAGAACAUUGCAUUUAAAGAACUUUUGAUCGAAGGCUAUGAUAACAACAGAUUGACAGUAGUAAUUCCUUUCGUGUGUAAAGUCCUUGAACAAGCAUGUAAAAGUAAAGUCUUUAAGCCUCCGAAUCCAUGGUUGAUGGCUAUACUGAAAUUGUUGGCAGAAUUAUAUCAUAACGCUGACCUUAAACUAAAUAUGAAAUUCGAAAUUGAGGUUCUAUGUAAGAGUUUAGAAAUCGAGCUUAAAGACAUUGAGCCGACAACUGUUCUAAAAGAUAGACCUCCAAAGGAACUGGUGUCUCAGCCACCUAGGGGGAAUGAAUUUGAUAAGUGGCCUAGAAAUGAUUAUGGCCCUCCUAUAAAACCACCACAACAAUCGUCUCAGCCUCCGUCUAUUCAGAAUAAUCCGCCUAUAAAUUUGAAUGUAGAUGAAGGUAUUACAAACCUUGCUCCGUGUAUCAUUUUUAACCCCAACUUAUCCAUAUUUACAAAUCAACCAAUGAUGAGAAAAAUUGUUCAUUUGGCAAUUGAUCGAGCCAUUCGUGAAAUAAUUACACCGGUGGUGGAGCGGUCUGUUACCAUAGCUGGAAUAUCAACUCGCGAGCUAAUCAUAAAGGAUUUUGCAUUGGAACCAAACGAAGAAAAAAUGCGUAAUGCCGCUCACUUGAUGGUUCAAAAUUUGGCUGGAAGUCUUGCCCUAGUCACUUGUAAGGAACCACUGCGAAUAAGUAUGGUGACACAUUUAAGAAAUUUAUUGUUGCAGAAUGGUUACAGCGAGCAAAAUAUUCCAGAACAAGCCAUUUUGAUAAUUGUGUCUGAUAAUCUUGAGUUGGCGUGUUCUUUCAUUGAGAAGGCUGCAAUGGAUAAAGCUGUUCCUGAGAUUGAUGAAUCUCUAGCUUCCUCUUUUAGUAAUCGUAAAAAGCAUCGAGAGCCAUAUUACGAUAUGACAGUAUAUUCAGGCAUAUCACGUUACAUGAGCAACCUUCCUGAACCUUUAAGACUGAAGCCAAAUGGAUUACAACCACAACAAUUACGUGUAUACGAAGACUUUGCACGAAUUCCACGUCUUAGUAGUCAGGCAGCUGCUAUAUACGGUACGAACGAUGGCACUAUUCACUUUUCUUAUAUUUUAUGCUUCCAUGAUCGAAAUUCACGGGUUGGUAUGCAUCGAGGGCAGGACUUUCCGAUAGGACAUCCUUAUAAUACAGCAGAGAUGCCAUUUGACGGUGGUCCUCAUAUGCACAUUCCUAUUACUGCUCAUCAAAGUUUAGAGAAGUUUGCUUCAUAUCUUUGCGAGUUGGACAAAUUGAUUAGCAAGAAUCCACAGGCUUCAUGGUCAUCUCUACCAUUAAAUAGCGAUAUUCGUUUAUUAGUUAAAGAGAUUCCUUUAUUAGCUACACAAUCGUUUAACUGUGACGAGACAGCACUACAUUUUUCGCAAAAAGUAGUCCAACUCUUAUAUAAGAAUGAUUCUAAUUUAUCUCGAGAAGUUUAUGUUAUAUUACUUGAAAGGUUAUGUGAAACUUCUUAUAAAGUCAAAAAAGAAGUGACUAACUGGUUGAUUUAUGCGGAUGACGAGCGAAAGUUUAUUGUACCUGUUGUUGUGGCUUUGAUAAAGGCUGGCCUUAUAAAUGCAAAUGAUCAAGAUACACAGCUUGCCAAACUCAUUGAAAAUGGAAGACCCACUGUGAUCGACUUCACUACCAAAUUAAUUCGGGAGUGUGUUUUGAAAGAACCGCAGUAUGCAUCACGUAAUGACUUUAUGCAUUCAAUCGAUGCUCUAACUAGACUUACUCAACGUGGGAAAGCACCUGAAACAGUAAUUCAACUUCUUGAAGAUCUACGCCCACGUACCUCUCGAGAUAUAUUCACUAAAGACGUCGAAAAUCCGGGUUUGCGUGAUCAAUUAACCAAUUUCUUUGCGGAAUGGUUACAACAACAAGGAGUUUUGAAGGGUGAAGAAAUUUCUUCUAUGUUUUUCCGCGUUUGCACUGAAAUGAGUGUUGAACAUUAUUUGAAACAAAAGGCUGCUUCACAUGCGACCCCAGCCGUUGCAUAUCAAGCCAUUGAUGCUUUUUCAAAAUUAAUUGUUUUAUUGGUGAAAUAUCACUCUGAUCCAGAUGGUGUUAAUAACAAUGUUGCUAAAAUCAAUUAUUUGACAAAGAUUUUGUCAAUAAUUGUAUUGGUGCUUGCGCAAGCACAUGAGCAACGAAGACAACAGUUCAAUCAAAAGCCUUUCUUUAGAUUAUUUUCUAGCUUAUUGAAUGACUUGAAUUCUUAUGAGCAACAGCUUCAGCCUAUUUAUUUCCAAAUACUUACUGCAUUAAGGUUUUUGGUACCAUUUCUUCGUAAUGUAGAAAUGAGGGACACUACACGUCUACUAUAUAAGGGGACUCUCAGAGUUCUAUUAGUGUUGUUGCACGAUUUUCCAGAGUUCCUUUGUGAUUAUCAUUUUAGCUUUUGUGAUGUGAUUCCAUCAUCUUGCAUUCAAUUAAGGAAUCUCAUUUUGAGCGCUUUUCCCCGUAACAUGAGACUUCCAGACCCCUUCACACCAAAUCUCAAAGUAGAUUUACUACCAGAAAUAUCUCAAUCACCCCGUGUUCUUUCAGAUUAUGCAUCUGCUUUAGUUGCUAAUAAUCUCAAAAAUGACAUUGAUAAUUAUCUGAAAACACGCUCACCUAUUUCUUUUCCCCUGGAUUUACGUAACAAAUUGAUGAUUGAUCCAAACAAUCAAUCUGAAAUUACCUCAACUGGUUCUAAAUACAAUGUUUCAGUCAUAAACGCACUUGUUUUGUAUGUCGGAAUUCAAGCAAUCGGUCAACUUCAUAAUAAAUCGGCUCAAGGAACACCACCGGUAACUCAUAGUGCACCAAUGGAUAUAUUUCAGCAAUUGUUAAUUGAUCUUGAUUCAGAGGGUCGAUACCUCUUUUUGAGUGCUAUCGCCAACCAACUUAGAUAUCCCAACAGCCACACACAUUACUUCAGUUGUAUUUUGCUUUACCUUUUUGCUGAAGGUAGUCAGGAGGUGAUUAAAGAACAAGUUACAAGAGUGCUUUUGGAAAGAUUAAUUGUAAACCGACCUCACCCAUGGGGCCUUUUAAUCACAUUUAUUGAAUUGAUUAAGAAUCCUCGGUAUAAUUUCUGGAGUCAUUCAUUUACAAGAUGUGCAACAGAUAUAGAACGCCUAUUUGAUAGCGUUAGCCGAACUUCAAUUUCGGGGCAAGCCCCUCGAACUCCAAACCCACCGUCUUCACCGACCACCCACUAUGAACCAGGUAGCUGGCAAUAUCAAGUUACCGAGAACUUGAUAAAAGGUCGAGGGUAUGGUACGACAGCUUCAAGACCUUCAACAUUAAAUUUAGACGAACCAAGGACACAAAGUAGAUCUACUCAUUUAUCUACAUUAAACGAUGGAUCUUCACAUUCUCAUACACCUUCACGUUCUCAUACACCUUCACGUUCUCACACACCUUCACGCUCUCAUACACCUUUGACACCUUUGACACCGAUUGAUCCGGAAAGGUUCUUACCCGAAGUUCCUUUACCACCCUUAGAAAAUAUUAGAAAAGCUAAAGGCACAGGACUUUUAAAUAAUGUAGAUUCAGAAAAUAAUAGAAAAUCUCAGGGUUCAUCAGGUUCAGGCUCAAGUGGAUUACCAUCAUGGGCUUAUAAUUAUUAUGCUUAUAAUUCUUCGGAUUAUGAUAAUAUUCUUCAACAAACACCACCACAAAAGCCAAUAGAUGAUCCUGAUAAAAUAAUUCCGCAACCUUCAACUUCUGCAGCAGCAGGUUCUGAAUUACCUAAUGGUGAAGAUAACGAAAAACAAUCAGAAAAUAGAAACAAAAAUGGACGGAAAGUUGAAUUUAGGCCAGGGAGAUAUAGAAUAUCGCCACGACCAAUGAAGCCAUAUCGACCAGAUGUAGUUGUCAUAUGUCCUCGUGGAUCAAUAUUAUUUAUGUUUGGAUUUUUGUUUCCACCGCUAUGGUGGUUUGGAUCAUUUUUUCCUAGAUAUGUUGGAACUAAUGCAGAUUAUCGAUGGAAAAAAUAUAAUCAACUAAUGUCAUUUGUUUCAUUUUUUUUAGUUGCCGGAAUACUUGCGAUUGUUAUUUGGUAUUUGAAAUUUUACGAUAGUAGUACGGAUACCUAUACCGAUUCAUCUGAUUCAUAA